AUGUGUGUACCAUCACCAGGCAACCCAGAUUCAUUGAACAGUAGCAAAGUUUAUGGGGCGUCAUCUGGUUCACUGCCGGGGAGUUCUUUGGGCCUGAACGAGGAGAAUCUUUCUCGGAAAGUUACCAGGCGGUUCCGUUGUCCCGUCUUUCUCAGCCUGAGUUUACCGCCAGAACUUGACGCUAUCUGGGACAAAAUCGACCCGUGCACACAGGAGACAUUCUCGAAAGACGUGGAAGCUGCACUGUUUGACCACCUCAAUGCACACUUUGAACCAUUUUCCCUGACAACAAGCCUAACCUACGGUGAACGAUGGAUCAUGCGACCUCCCGACAAAGAGUUUGACUGUCUACUUUACUGGUUGAAGGAAACACUGCAUGUCUCUUUCGGUCAGUCGAACAGCACGUCUACUAUCAUCAUCAUCGACAGCAUGACCUCAGUGUUCAACACCGAUGCUUCACUGCCGUACAACCAUGACUUACUAGAAAGCCUUAUUGUAAAGAAAAGGACACACUGGAUUCGCUUGAAGUUGAUGUAUGCUGCGUGUCAGAAACAAGUGCUCAAGAUCCAAAAACGGUCACCGAGUCAACUGCCCCAUAACUCCCCACUCGGUUUCAGCUCCGCAACUCUGACGAUCCAAAAACCUGUGUAUUGUUGGCAUCGUUUUAAGUCACUGACCGGAAAGCUGUUUGCUUGA